AUGGACUCAGAUGCCAUUUAUACAGAGGAUGCCGAGAAUAAAGUGCCAGUGCUUGACCCGGUCUUUCCACCAUCCCCCCCUCGCCCUACAGCUGCUGGUGCGCCGGACAUCAACACAUCGCAGUCUGGUGGUCCCGUAGCCCCCCGGACUGUCCCGUAUGUGACGCCAGACGACAAAUUCGCACAGGGGGAAGAUGGCAAGACAUAUUUCACGCGACCGAACCGCUACUUCGGCCCCGCGUCUACGUGGAACUCUUGGACGAAGGUGGAAAGGACAGUGGCUCUGAGUCUGGACCGUGUCCGCAGCCAGGACCUCAGCAUCCACCUCCUCGACGCUUUCGGACUGAAGCGUAAGCUGCGGCAAGAAGGAGGGGGAGGGAGGGAAGCAAAGCGCAGUAAGAAGUGCAAGGAGAGAGCGUCGUCGGUCCUCUCCGCGACGUCGAGGGACGAUGAGGACGAGGCUAAUCAGGCACGACGCACUGGAGGGAGAAAUGGACUGGCCAGAUCCUGGACAGCUUGGCCAAUGCCUCCUGAUCAGGUUCCUCGGGAAGAAUUGUUGCCCCGAAUGGAGGGAGACGGCGGGUAUCGCAUGGCAGUCGACUCGCGACCUAGUGCCAACCUUGAAGAAUGGCUGGUUGCCACCGCUACGAGGAUCGCUCGAGAACGAUGGAAUGAGAGGCGCUGGGAAAACCUAUCCACGACCGGCGCAUCACAGAGGGAUAUGAAAACCGACCAUGGAGAGGCUGAGGUGGACGUGCCCGAGGAUCAAGGAGAUGUGGAAGAGACAGAGAGUCCGGACUCGCCAGAAGCCGCAGAAGAGCCGGUGUUCUACUCCCAACCGUUUCCGUUCUACGAUGAUGAUGCAGAGCAGGCGUCCGUUGCAGGUAAAGAAGAAAGCGACAGUGAUACGAGUGAGAUGGAGCGACGCCCUGUUCCACUUGCGGACGACGAAAAGGCGCGUGAAUACUUUCUUCCUAGCGCGCGACAUAUCCUAAGCAAAGUCGAUGAUUUGCUGCUUGGUCUUCAUAAAGCUAGGUACGCAUACGCAGUCAAGCCACAAAGCAAACGCAGGGCGAAAUACUCUCACAGUCCCGAAGACGACACAAGCGACUUCGCCCGGGGAAGAAGCGGUUCGCGUCCUGCUGCUAAGCAGAGGGCACGUUCGGCGUCCGUAUUUACCGACGUAUCGAGCGCGUCGGUCCCCUCUGCUGCCUCUGGUGCACGGUCCCGAAGGGUCGAGAAUCUCGGCUUACGCGAUUGGAGCGAUGUGAUGGGCAUGGCUAGCCUGACAGGAUGGGAUCCCGCAGUUGUGGAACGUGCAAGUCGGCGAUGUGCAAAGCUGUUUGACGGGAACAUGCUGUACCGCACUUUCUACGAGGGAGAGGGCAAGGAUGGGAGUGAAUCACACUUUACGGAACACCUUGCUUAUGAGUCUGAAAGUCAAGCGCCAUCUCGGAUGGGAGAACGAGAAGCAGAAUCCACCGAGGACGAAGACCCUGCGAAAGGUGUCAGGCGACGAAAGCCGAAUGUCAGCCCGCCAACGGCGAACAUGGAGGAUCAAGAACGUGCAGAAACUGCCAAGAAAUGGGUAAUGCAUGCUCAGGAAUUCAAGUCGAAAUGGUCAAGAACGAUCGAAUUUGUCCACAUCAAUCUUGUCCGAGACACAAGGCAAAGAGGUGGUUCAUGGGCGGUCAAGAAGACGCCAGAUUCGCGCAGUGCUAGUAUCAGCGCCAACAGCGCCAAUCUCGAGUUUGACACCGACAGAGAAUCAGACAACGACCCGGAGCACCGGAUCCUCUGCCCUGUCCCAUCAUGUCCACGAGCACGAGUGCCUUUUUCAAAGGGCAAGAAACUCUACGAACACAUACGACGGAUGCAUCCAGAUAUGGACGUCGAUGAAGUCAAGAAGAGCUAUGUCGCCUUGGAUACAUCUCCUCAAGAAGCCACGAACGCUUCAACGUCCUCGAAACCAAGCGUCCGUCAGUCGAGGAUUUACAAAAGACGCCGUGAGAUGCAGUCAUCGACUAGUCAACCCGAAGAUGAGGACUACCCACGUGUGAAAAUCCACGUAGACAGGAUGGAGCCCUUGGUCUCACGGCUGGCCCGAGAGCGAGAGAGGCGAGGGACGCAGGUUGACGUACUUGCAAAUGCCUCUCACCAAACCCAGAGUAACACCUUGACGUUCCUGGGCAACUCUACAGAGCUUGAUCCCACAUCAUAUCUGGGUUGGGGACACGAAUUUAAUCCUACAUUCGACCUAGAUGCAGAAUUGGGUCUUACUGACGGAAAUGCAUAUGUCAAUGCCUUGAAUUUCGACCUGGGUUUCGAGUUCGCGAAUAUGAACGGCUUAUCCGCCGAUACUCAGCAAUAUGACUCUACUCAGUUCCAGCCACAGACCCUGCCGGAGCGAGGAAUAGCGACCGGAAUAGCAGCCUCGGGCAUGUUCAAUUCUCACCAACCAAUCCCACAAUUACAGCAGUAUCCUCAAGAAUCAAUCAAUGACACAGGAGAUGUCUGUGCCCCAACCACGAUGGCUUUGGAGGAGCAUUGCAAGACACUCAGUCCCUUGCUUUCACAGCUGUUCAACAACGAGAUGUUUACACAGAACACGGCCUGUAUUUCUUCCAUCCUGGCCCAAAAGGUUGAGUUCAUGAGCUUUUCAGACCUUACCAAGUGUGUCGACAGCACGGAUGCUGAAAAGUUGCUCUCGACCAUCUCCUCCGAACCACACGUGCACGAGGUGCUAGAUAUUUCUGUGAAGUGGUGGAUCGCGUGGCGAGACCAGGCGGUGGCGAUGCAGGAAUUCUCCCCCUUUGGCAAGGAUGACCAACAACAGACUCAGGCCCAAGGGAGUUCGACGUUGGGGAGCUGGGUGCCGGGCACGCAAAUAAGGGCCAAUGCCUCUCCAUUGUCUCACAUAUGGCCAGGUUCUACUAUCACGUCUCGUACGAUGACCCAUUCUGACGAACCUCUGUCCUUCCGGGAUUUCGUACUCACCAAACUGUCCCGCACGCACGAUCUCGUGUCGCUAGCCACAGGACUCCUUUGUAUUGCCCUGUCCCUCUACCAAUUACGCCCUGGCGUCGACGAUCAGAAGCUGAACAUCUCUACAUCCCCUUCCGAACUAGCCGACCGAAUAACGCUUGUCGUCGAUAUGGUCGUUCUCUCUCCCGCGGCCCAGCAAAAACACAAACAUGACCCCGGCAUCCUGUUGCUCCUGAUGAUACGUGCCAAGAUGUACGCCGAGAGCAAUCAAUUGCGCAAGUCCUGGUUGAGCACACGCAGAGCUUUGGAAAUCGCGCAGGAGAUCGGAUUCGCAGAGCCCAAGAUACCAGCUGACGCGGGCGAGUUUGCGCCGAAGAUGUGCGGGCAGCAACUAACCCAGCUUUUCAACAGGCAGCGGUUUAUCGGCUCCAUCAUGGAGCUCGAUCGACUCAUGAGCAUGACCCUGGGCUUUCCCCACGCGGAGGACGUCAAAUUCACGGACCGUCUGGCAAUGGCCGUGUUGAAGGGCCAGACAUCCAGUCGAGACGGGGCAUCGUUGUCCGUGGAAAUCAAAAUGCGCGCUUUCAGGCGUGUCGUGUCCAUUGCUGCAGGCCGAGUGAACGACCGCAACGCGACUUCUGACCCGGAUCCAGUGAAACUCCAGACCACAAUGGAGAUCCAAGCAACGCUGGAUGAAGUAGCAGCAGCUAUGCCUCCGGACUGGUGGAACGUGGAAUCACACCUUGGGGUUUCCGAUUCGUUUCGGGCGCACGAAAAUCUCCUUGCCCAGAUGUGGUUCUGGCAAGUCCAGGCCUUCCUCCAUCUGCCAUUUAUGCUCAAAGUCGAUCCGAAUAUCGUUGCACAGAACCAACACCCCGGCAAGUACAUUACGCCGGAUCCAUACGCGGUGAACAAACAUCUCUGUAUGCAAGGCUGUCGCAGCAUGCUUCGCAUCUUCAACUUGCUCCGUUCCGAUCCAUCCCUCGCCGUCUACAUCUGCAGCUGCGAAGAUUUCCAGGGACUGUUCAGUGCGUGCAUCCUCAUGGUAGGCCUGUUGAUGCGCUUGUCAUACUGUUCGGAGCCUCGGUCUCAACUAGGAUCCGUGGGGAUGGGAAACAUCAGCGACGACCUCGCUCUCAUCGAAGAGAUCAAGGACGUCUUCCGGUACCGCGCGACCCAACAGGGCGGCAGCAUCAGUAGACAGGGCCUCAAAGUCUUGCGGGAGCUGGGCUCCUUCCUGUACGAAGACGUCGACUCUCUCCAGGGCGCCGAUGUGAAGCACCGGACCGUGGUCCUCCCGUACUUUGGGGCAAUCCAUCUCGAGUUGAGGCCGCCGCGACUCCUGUGCCGCAAAUCCACUGGCAAGGCCAACAGGUCACAGCAAUGCAGGGUUCCGGAAUUGAACACAGAGACACCACAAAUGGAAUCUCAGAGCUCGUCAGAGCCAGUUUCCGACGAGGGAUUUGGGCCGACAUAUCCCGAACCGUUUGACUCUACUGCCUACCUACCGAGCUCUGCUUGGGAUGUACCAGGCAGUGCUGAUGCGGACGACGCGACUUUCCAGUUGUCCGUGGAGCCCGGAGCGAGUUUGGAUUGGGAUCGCUUUCUCUUUGGGAGCGAGCUGGCUCAGAGUUGGAGCGCUGAGGUGCCUGAAUGA